GGCGUCGAGCUCGAGGUCGCGCGCGCGUCGCCGACGACGACCGCGCCGACGCCGACGACCGCGCCAGCGCCGCUGGUGUUCGUGCACGGCUCGUAUCACGCCGCGUGGUGCUACGAGGAGCACUUCGCGGGAUACUUCAACGCGCGCGGACGCGAGACGACGUCGGUGUCGCUGCGGGGACACGGCGCGAGCGGGACGACGCCGGGCGCGGCGACGGCGGGGACGCUGGCGAGCCACGCGCGCGACGUCGGCGAAGUCGUGCGAAGCGCGCGAGGAGACGAGGACGAAGGUCCAGCGCCGGUGGUGUUUGGACACUCGUUCGGGGGAUUGGUGGCGCAAAAGAUGGUCGCCGACGGCGACGUCGAGGUGUCCGGGCUCGGCUUGCUCGCGAGCGUGCCGCCGAGCGGGAACGGGGAGAUGGUGAAGCGAUUCUUGAAGAGAGAUUUGUGGACGAGUUUGAAAAUCACGUACGCCUUCAUCACGAAGGCGUUCGGGACCAAUCCGCGGUUGUGUCGAGAGUGUUUCUUUUCGCCGAGUCUGAGCGACGAAGACGUCGCCCGCUUCGCGGCGAAGAUCAACGCCUCGAGCGAGCUUCGAAUGUUAGACUUGAAAGCCCUGAAAGAAGAGCUUCCCGUGCAAAAGCCCGCGGCGGGUUCUCGAAACGCGGACGUUCCGGUGUUGGUGCUCGGCGGCGCGCUCGAUUUCGUCGUCGACCGCGAAGGCUUGGAGGAAACCGCGAGCUGGUUCGCCCCGCGCGCCGAGCUCGUCGUCGAGCCCUCGCUCGCGCACGAUGUCAUGUUAGACGCCGAUUGGGAAAUCGCCGCCGCGCGCAUCGAACGCUGGCUC